UGUAUGUCAUGUGUGUCAUGUGAUUUGCCUGGACGUUCUGACCGUAACAGGGACUGGAGACCGGCAAGCUUCACCAGAUUGGGUUCUGGAAUUAGCUGUCUUCAAGGGUGCUGUGACAUCAUUAAGGGGGCUGUGACAUCAUUUAGUGACAUCAUCAAGAGACAUCAUCAAGUGACAUCAUCAUCCAUGGAAGGGAGAAAUGUUCUGAGGCGUGCCCAGUCUCUACGGAGUGUCUCUAAUGGACCCAGAGACACACCCACCUGGGCAGAGGCAGGGUUUAGGGACAGGAUGAAGUCUGUCUCCUCUGUGUCGCUCAUGGUUGCCAGAUAUCAAGUCAACACGUCAGAGGAGGUCAGUUCUACCACCCCGGAGUGGAAAGGGACAGGCCAGCAUUGGCGCCCCGGCCCAGCAGCCAAUGGGAAGACAGAGACAGCCUUGGUGGACAGCAGAGUGGACAGGAAACUAGAGGCUCUGAUGAAAAACAACGAGCUGAAAGAGAAGAAGAGGGUCAAGCCCAACAUGUCAGGGGAAAGCUCCUGGGGAUCAACAAGCCAAGAGACGUCCUACAUCCAGCGCGGCCCGUCAGAAGGAAGAGAGGAAACCCCGCGGUCCACCAGUCUUUCACGCAGUAAGUCCAUGUCCAGCCUCCAUGGAUCCUCCUCCAGGGUCAACCCGCCUGGGGGUAUUGGAGCGCUGAAGGCUCUUUUUGAGUCGAAGGUCACCCAGGGGCAAGGGAAGAGCACCAUGGGAGCUGUAGGCCACACACCCUCACAUCCCAAGAUGGCCGCCACGGCUGCAGAAGCCAACAGUUUAAUGGAGGAGGAGUCAGCGACCCCUGGAAUGACCUCUGACCCUGCAGCCGCUGUUGGACCGGAGGGAAGAUUGACGCGCUCUGAGAGGAGAAAGACAAUCAGCCAUUUUGACCUGGACAAGACAUCUACACCUUCUCCAGACAGUGACAGGUGGAGGUCAAUCACAGACAUUAGAGACAGCAGCACCUCCUUCAACCCGGGACGUGAGAAACCUCCCACUUCUGUUCAUGUCAGAGCUAUAUCUGCAUUCUAUCUGUCCAAGAUAGCAGCUGCAGAGUCAACGACUGCAGGUUCAUCAUCGACCGGCAAGAGAGAGGGGAAACCAACCAAGAUGGCUGAGGAUGACCAAAAAAUAAGAUAUGGUCCAGCCGGUCCAUCCACUACACCUUCUGAGACUCCACCCAGUCUGGGAAAACCCACCCAGACUCACCAUGCAUGUCCCACUCCCCCAUCCAAAGAGGCACUGUCAGCAUUGUACCAACAGAGGCAGAAAGUGGAGCUGCGGAGGAUUCUGAAGCACACCCACCCGGAGCUGAGGAGUCUGGACAGCUUGGAUGGGGUGGUGGACCAGGAGCUGGCUGAGGUGCUGUCUUCUGAGACCCCGCUAACAGCUGGCGACACUGGAUAUGAGGGCGAGGUUCUGUCCAGGCGGUGGAUAUUUGAGAACUGUAUACAGAGCAACGCAGAGGAUCCCCAUGCUUCUAAAAUGCACAUGUUGGAUGUGGCUGGGGUUGGUGCAGGCGCAUGGGCUGGAGAUAGAGGGGCUGGACCUGCUGCCAUGUAUGGAGAUGACAGUGGUGCUAGGGUUGGGGCUGGAUCUGAGGUUGGAUCUGAGUUCGGGCCUAGGAUUGGAGCUGAGGUGGUAUCUGAGUUCGGGCCUGGGAUUGGAUCCGUGUUCGCAUCUGGGAUUGGAGCUGGGGUUGUAUCUGGGUUCGGGCCUGGGAUUGAAGCUGGGGUUGGAUCUGGGUUCGGGCCUGGGAUUGGAGCAGGGGUAUGGGGAGAUGUGAAGAGAACAUCUGUCUUGUUUGAGCAGCCAUUGGAUAACCAUGACCACCAGGAGGUGAGGGUUCAGAAAACUACAGACCAGGUGGAGAAUGCUGAUGCUAAGUGUGAGAAGAUGAUGGAAAGGAUAGAUGUCCAGUCUGCUAGAAGGUUGUUUGAAAGCCAGCAGGUCAACAUCCUUAGAGCCAACCAAGAUGACCUUGUGAACCAGAACAAGGUCAUUGUGUUGGAGGAUGAGAGGGGGGCCGUUCAGAAGAGAAAACAAGCCUUUGAGAAGAGUAGCAGUAAGAGAGUUCAGAGAGAGAAGAAAAGUGUUUGUUACAGAAAUCUUGAUGUGGCGCCACAGUCUGAGAGAGAAACAUUGAAUGUCAGUGCAAAUGUUGACCCUGAGGUUAGUGAGGACCAGCCACGGCAUGAGGGUGUCUCCAAAGUCAAACAAGUAUUUGAAAGGAAGUUACAGUGUUCUUCAAAAGCCGAUGUUCGCAGUGAAACAAGUCCAAAAUGUCCGAUGUAUCAGUCUACAUCUCUAUUUAAAAUAAAUCCUUUCAAAACAAUAAACAUAAGUGGGGAACCCUCAGAUCUGCCUGAACCACUGCCCCAGAAUCCCACAUCACCUUCGGGGGACCUUGGCCCAGACAGCAGAAUCCAGGAGGACAUGCUAGCAUUAUCAGCUAAUGUCAGGAACAGAGCUCAGCUGUUUGAGUCCACGCUGUUCGACCUGAUUAACCACCAGAACAGGGAGGAGGGGAAGACGAUGUGUGAAAGCAUCAACUACACCCUGAACUCCCUCUAUCACUUCAGUGCCAUCCACUCCCACGGAUCCAUCAUUGAGGCGAGCGAGACAGGAAAUGGUAAAAGGGCAAGGUUCAGGCUGACCACCGGCUUGAGUCCAGAGGUGGAAGAGGACCAGGUGGCUGAGGGUGGGGUUAAAAACUUCAUACUGCAACUGUUGCCCCGGGGAACCUUAAAACCUCAGUUGGUUUACCUGAAGGAGGAUGAGCAAGGGAACGUGGAUGUUACUUCUGUGACAGUACCUGUUCAUCAGGUACACCUCGCUUCAAACCAAGACAAAGAGUUCAGGACGGCCAACGUUGUCCAGCUCAUAGAGGACAUCCUUAGUCAGGACAGCUCUCUGAGGAAAGGAGUGGUGAUUCAGGAGGACGCAGUGGGAAGGAGUGAGGUGACCGUAUAUUCCCUGUACAACCACUCUGAUGGGAAGGUAGAGAGGUAUCGUCCUCCACAGGGUCCAAGGAUGGAGACCAACGUCCCAGACAUGGCUGCCGGAAAUCUAAAGCCUGAAACAGAGACUCCUGGAGUGGAUAGAGAUGAUGUGAAGUCAACCAUCAGCGGUCUCCUGGCCACAAGUCAGGACCACAACACCCCAGCCUCCUACAAACAGGAGGCCAAGGGAAAUGUCAAGUUAUUCAAGAGCUGUAUCGAGAAGGGAGAUCUGGAGUAUUUGAAGUCCCUGCAGGUUCAGCCAGACGAGGAGGAACAACUCCCAAAACAAACUGAUGUUGUGACAAAUAUUUCCCCAGAGCCAAAAACAGAUCAUCUUCAACAACAACAAACAGUUGAACAGAUGGAGCAAUAUGAUCCAGAUAGUGUCCCAGUGGAUGUGAAUAAACUAAAGAGCAUGUUCCCAGCCAACCAGAGAUGUGUCCAGCAGAAAGAGAUGACUCAUAGUGACAUCAUCCAUUCUGCCAUGAUGUUUCCUGGACAAGCCGGUCAUGGUACAGUAUCUGCAGAGAGAAAGGUCUCUCCAGGAUGUGACAUCAGCAUAGGAAUACACUCAACAGGGUGGGUGAAGAACCAGAGUUUGAGGGAGAUGCUAAAGCGUGAUGCUGAGGCAUUAGCAAAAACACAUUACCCUAACACAGCAUCUCAGGAGACAUCAGUCCACUCUGAACCACAGAAGGAUCAAAUUAUCCUUCAGGCUGAUUUAGUUGAGGCGAUGGAUGAGGAUGAUGAAAUCUCCAACUUGCAGGCUGCCCUCUAUACCCUCCAACAGGCCACCAUGGAAGCCAAGGCUCUGCAGCAGGUGGCGCUAAAGAAACAGGUCAAAGCUGUUCAACAUGUGGUUCAAGAGAAACAGCAACUCACUAGACAGACUUGCCAUUCAGAGCAACAAGGACAACCUAUCUCUUUGAAGAGCAGUGGACUUAAGCCAGAGAAGACCUCUGAAAUAUUACAGGUCCACAAGCAAACUUCUGUACAGAAGAAACAGACAUCCUUUGAUUCUGUUAUAAAGACUUUCACAACCCCCUCCAGUACCUCAGAAGAGGAAACAGCAACUUGUUGCAAGACCAAAGAGGAUAGCUGUGUUUCCACGGCUUUUGAAGAACUAGAAAACCCAGAAGCUUGGAGCUUGGAGGGCCAUGAGAAUACUGAGGUGGUCCAGAAAGGACAUCUUAUUGGAGCAAUGAAGAAUUUACAGAGCAGUUCAACUGAGAAAGACCACAAGGAGCAGGUAGUGCGAGGUCAGCUUCAGGCAGCAUUCCUUUCUCCGGAGAAGACAAGUGGGGUUAACUUCAGUAAAAAAGAUUUCAAGGAUGCUAUGAUCUACAAGAAAUCUGGAAAGUCCAAAUCUAAAAGCCAUAAGAGGAAGACCGAUGUGGGGACUGUUGCUCAACAAAGUAAUGUAAAGACUGAGUCUCUGACUAAUGCAAAACCUUCACCUUCUAUAACAAUAAGUGAAGGACAUGGCAUCUCUGUGAGCAUCAGUGGCACAAAAGCAGAGAAAAGCUCUAAAACAAAAUUCCAGGUUGAGCAAAACCCAGAAACCAGGAACAUGGAGGAAAAAGAGGGCGCUGAGGUGGGCCAGAAAGGAUAUCUUAUGGCUGAAAUGACGACUUUGCAGAGUAGCACAACAGAGCAGCAACCCAAGGAGGAAGUAAUUGGAGGUCAUCUUCAAGCAGCACUACAUUCUCUGGAGAAGACAAGCGGUGUUAACAUCAGUCAAGGCGAUUUCAAGGCUGCUAUGAUUUACAGGAACUCUGGGAAUUCUAAAUCUCAAAGCCACAAGAAGAAGACUGAUGUGGGUUCAGUUUCUAAACUCAGUGAGGAUAAACAUAAUCCUGCUGAACCCCCUAGCAUAGAUCAAACCACAAGUAAACCUGCAGAACCCACAAACCCAGAUCAAGCCACAUAUAAACAUAUUGAACCCCCUAGCCCAGAUCAAACCACAAAUAAACCCACUACAGAUUCCACAGUUAAACUGCAACCUCAGACUGGCCUUAAAACUCUGGCACCUUCAAAGAAAAAGAAGAAGCCUGUUGGUCCAAAACCAGCUCUUCCACCUAAACCAACAUUUCCUCCUAAACCAAACCAUCUGAAAGCAGAUCCAGGUAAUAUUACUACAGGAAGCACAUCUUGUCAGUUAACAGAGACUAUGGUACAUACCACCGAAAGCCAAAUCAUUUCUAUGAGUACUACCAGUAGUAUUUCUAAAACUACCAUUUCUAGCAAUCAACUAAAAGAACCAAACCAAGGACUAAUAAAAGAAUCAGUUGACAGUCAAACAAACGUAUCAAGCAAAUGUAAAAUGAAACAAUCUACCAAAUGUCUAUCAAAAGACUCAACCAAAAACAAACUUGAAGAGUCAGCCAAAAAUCUACCAAAUGAAUCAUCCAAAGAUCAGGCAAAAGAAUCAACUAAAAAUCAACCAAAAGGGUCAACUAGAAGUCAGCCAAAGCAAUCAACUGAAAGUCAACAGAAAGAAUCCACCAAAAGUGAACCAAAAGACUUACCCAAAAGGCAACUAAACAAAUCUAAGAAAAGUCAAUCAAAUGAAUCAACAGAAAAUCUAUUUACAAAGGCAACAAAAAGUCAACCAAAUGAAUCUUCCCAGCCUUUGAUAAUCAAACCAAUGUCCUAUGCAGAUGCCCUUUGCAGAGGCUUCCAACAUAAUGACAGUGAUAGAGAGGCACAACAGAGUAGGCUUGACACUGACUGCUCUGAUAUGCCAGCUGGGAGCUCAUUUGGAAAAGCAGAAGCUGGGUUCACUCAACACACUGGUGAUCCAACUCAACACACUGCUGAUGCAACCCAAUACACUGCUGAUCCAACCCAACACACUGCUGAUACAACCCAACACACUGCUGAUCCAACUCAAUACAUCAGUGAUGCAACCCAACACGCUGCUGAUCCAACUCAACACACUGCUGAUACAACCCAAUACACUGCUGAUCCAACUCAACACAUCGGUGAUGCAACUCACACUGGGGAUGCAACCCAACACAUUGAUGAUGCAACCCAACACACUGAUGAUGCCACCCAAUACACUGCUGAUACAACCCAAUACACUGCUGAUCCAACUCAACACAUCGGUGAUGCAACUCACACUGGGGAUGCAACCCAACACAUUGGGAAUGCACCCCAACACACUGAUGAUGCAACCCAACACACUGAUGAUGCCACCCAAUACACAGCCGAUCCCACUCAACACAUCGGUGAUGCAACUCACACUGGGGAUGCAACCCAACUCAAUGAGGAUGUAACAUUAACCCAGAAAGUCCAAGGGUUAGAGGUCAUUCCUCAAAGACUUAAUAGUCCUAGCUCUAACUAUGUGGAAGAGAGCAACACCACAUCACCACAGAAGAAGUCAAGCAUGGUGCAGGGAGCUGGACUCCAGUAUGGGUCAGAGAACACUGAGAAGAUAAGUGAAGAUAGAAGAAAUAAAAUUCCUCAGAAGCCUAAAAGAGGUAAGAUGGCAGAGAGUGAAUCAAAGAACCAGGACUACAAAUCUGAGAUGAAUAGCUGUAUUGCACUAAAACAUUUUGAUGUGGGACAGCAAACCAGCCAUACCGAUCAGCCUCUACAAGGCAUCAGACCAAAGAGCCAGAAGAACAACUCUAAAAACAGCAGCCAACUACAGGAACAUGACAAGAAGAAAAACAAAGUGGUCAUGAGGGAGAAAAAAGGCAAGACAAAGCCUGAGACGGAGGGCCAGCGUCGCCUGAGGCUGUCGGUUCACAUGGAUGAGAUCAUCAGGGGUAAUGUGACCACGGCCAUGGAGAUUGUGGACAACCUGAGGAAGCAGGAUGAGCUGAAUCAGAUACUCACCCAGGUGAAGAUGGUAGAGGAAGACACCAGCCAGGUGGACGUCAGGGCCCUCAGGAACAUCUUUGAGAAUGUACCUGAGUGGGUUGUCGCCCCACGGGUCAAGAAACCACAUAAACCAGAGACCAAGGUGGACCAGAAGGUUGAGAAGGUUAAGACGUCAACAGACGACACAGAGACACUGUCCUCCAUGGCUCUAGUUUUCGGAGAUCUAGAGAGAGCCAGCGAGGAGAUCAUGAAUUUGAAGGAGCAGACGUUGGCCAGACUGAUGGACAUUGAGGAGGCUAUAAAGAAGGCUUUGUAUUCUGUCUCCACUCUGAAAUCAGACUCGGACAUUGCUGGUCUGUCUUCCCUGUUAAAAGAGUCCCUACAGGUUACAUCAAGCCAACCCCAAGGCUUGCAGACCACCAGUAACAUCAGCACCAUCACCAUCGGCUCAUCCACUAGAGCACUGGUGCCCCAGGAGGUCUCUCCUACUCUCACCACAAAGACACAGAGGGAGCCAGAGAGAGCACCGGAGGCUGUUCAGAGAACAGGGCCGGAGGUGGCUGGGAGUAAACCCCAGAGCAGUCCUCCAUCCUCCCCUGCCUUUAUCUCCAUCCAGUCAGCAGCCAGGCAGAAGUCUGCAAGUGGACCAGACACUGAGUCCCUGCAGCUUCCGCUGUGCUCCGCCUGUCAGCUCAGCCCAACCAGCAGCCCUGGCAGCAAGAGCCCUGUCAAUCAGAGACGGCAGGUCAGUGUGCUCCAGUUAACGACAGCUCCGGACGGGAGUGGGGUCGUCGGCACUAAAAGUGUUAGUGAGAACUACGGGAAAACCGAUGAGUUUGGCCAUACAGUUUAUUCCACCAAGACUUCCACGGUGGUGACCACUCCGCCCGACACCAGGGUUCAGUUCCUGCCCUGUAAACAGGAAACAUGUUCCUCCUGCCUGAAGCCUGUCUAUCCUAUGGAGAAAAUGACAGCAGAUAAAUUCAUUUUUCACAAGAACUGUUUCUGCUGCAAGCACUGUCAGAAGAAGCUCAGCUUGACCAGCUACGCUCCGCUGUACGGGGAAUUCUACUGCGUGUUCCACUACCAGCAGCUGUUCAGGAGGAAGGGCAACUACGACGAGGGUUUUGGCCACACUCAACACAAGAACCGUUGGCUACAAAGGACCAAUGACAGGUUCUAACAGCUCUGAUGUCAUAUAGACCUCUCUAAUUGAUUGAUGACAUGGAGGUGACCAUGAGAAAACUGUGAACCACAGCAUAUUUGGAGACAUUAUACAACUGUUAAAUGUCUGGUACUUUGUCUAGACUAGUGAAUCACAUGACAAUAAUCAGUAUCAGAGUGACUUUACUGACUGAAAACUGAGAAAUUAUUAUUAUGGAAUGACUUCUGAGACCAACUCUCUACUCAUGAUGAUGAGAGAUGUUGUACUUGUUCUGUGGAUAUACAGUAAAAGGGAAAUGACUGUGAACAGAAGGCGUGAUUUAUAAAACAUAUUGGAACUUUUAUUGGUAUUUUUAUUGAGAAAUAUUUUUAAAUAAUUACAUUUCAGUCUAUAGUGUUAAUAAUUAUAAAUAAUACUCUCUUGAUUUAUUUCAUAAUUUAAUAAAUGUAAAAAAAUCUAUACUAAUUAUUAUAAAACAAGCUGAAGAUGUAAAUGAUAUUUUGGUAAUUUAGUGUAUUUAGAUAUUGGCACAUAAUCACAAUAACCAGACACUGUGCGAUCAAAGUUAAAAGUAAAAAAGCACACAUAAAUUA